CCGUUUGCACCAAAGCGAAAAUGUCAGCCAUGAGAUGACUGGUAACCAAACUGGCAUCAUUAAUCCCUCGGUAAUCCUUAAUUUGUAGGCAAAACCUGCAAAGCUCAACCGAACUUGUGGUUGAGGAAUGUGAAUAACAAUUUCUGCACAAGUAAAAUGUCAGAUGUGUCAAAUUAUUUUUGGACUGGUGUGUCUUUCACAAGUUGCAGUGUAUCACAACUGAUCUAUUGACUCUGUGAGCCCGAGUUUAAGCUGUCAUAACGAUUACGAAUUUAAUGCACUGUGCGAUGCGGUGCCAAUUUUAACAUCUAUUGUCAGUGGAUGUUAUACCCUCUCAAUUAUUGAAUUCCUCUAUCCCGAUAGUCAAGUCCAACGUCAAAACGUAAUGAGAUUGUCAAGAUUGUGAAUAUAAAUAUGGAUGUAACUACAGAAGAUCGUUUAGGCACACUUCAGCAAAUAAGUCAGCGGAAGUUUGUUGAUGUACUGGAUAGUAUUUCAGGAGUAAAAGACCUCAUUAUAGAGCCUAAGUUAAUGAAACCACUUGAAUCUUUCAUAGGUGCUACUGCAUUGAGGCGGCACGGGGUUGAUAAAAUAUUCAAACUUGAAGAAGGGCUGAAGGUAUCGAAUGUACAGCGUGUAUUUCUCAUAUCUGGGGAUCUCAUCACUUGUAAAAGGGUUUUGGAUCAAAUCCAUUCUGAGCUUUCUCAAUCCCAUGGCCUGGCACACCAUUUGUUAGUCGUUCCACGGGUUCCAGCUGCAUUGGAUCUUUUAGUGGAGGAGGAAGGAUUGUCUGGACUGGUUAAGGUCCGCUCGCUCUCCUGGGAAUUCAUACUAUCAGAUGGGAACGUAUUGUCAUUGGAAACACGAAUAUUCACUGACCUAUACUACCACAAGGAUACCGGCUUGCUUCCCGCCAUUGCAAAGAACUUGUGGUCCCUCCAGCUCAUUUUGGGUCGGCCCAGAGUUACGGUAUGCCUUGGGAAGCACAGCCAAUUUGUGCUUAAAAUGAUGGAAUCUAUGGAGGAUUAUCUAUCUUCUCGAAAUGUUACCGGUCAAUCGGGUGGGCUAAUAUUGAUGGACAGAUCCUAUGACCUACCAUCGGUGCUCUUAACUCCUGUCACAUACUUGGGUUUGAUGGGAGAAGUUUUGGACAUUAAUGUUGGCAUAGCUUACUCCAAGGGCUCACAAACCAAAUUGAAUCCAAAGACUGACCAGGUCUACGGGGAUGUUAGAGACAGGCAUUUCAGCGACGUAUUUCCAUUUCUGCGUGACAAAGCAAAGCUGCUGAAAUCAGAACAAGAAGCGACCCAAACGAUGCAACUAGCCGAAAUGAAACGCUAUGUAGCAACUAGAUUGCAAAAGGUUACAGAAGCCAAACGGCAACUAGGUUUCCACAUCGCCGUUUGUGAAACCAUAGUUGAAGCAUUGGGCCCGGCAUUCGAAACAUUGCAGUCAGUUGAAAAGUCCAUACUUGAUCGUAGUAGGAGAAAAGAAUGUUUGGAAUACAUCGAAGCUAACAUAGAUAACUAUCCCUUGCGAAGCCUUCGUCUUCUCUCUUUGUUGUCUGUUACAAGUGACGGGGUAACUUAUAGUGAAGUUCAACCGAUUCAAAAAGCAUUCUUGCACGCGCAUGGCUAUCAGAAUAUUCCAUUAUUCUGGAAAAUGGAACAAUGUGGUCUUAUUGUGUAUCGGACUGAAAACGUCCUCCAAAAAUUGCCAAAAUGGAGCAGCGAGUGGGCUACAGGUGCUCAGCGUGUGAAGCAGCUGCCAAAUCAUACCAAACCUCUGGAUCUGAAGUCCCCAACAUGUUCAAGUUACGUUUUCGGCGGAUCUUAUAUCCCUUUUGUAGCACAGCUGGCAAGACUAGUGUUGAAUCAAGAAACAGACGUCAAAAUUUUGAAUUACGUUACCAGUUUGCCAGAUUGUAGCAUAACUGGACUACAGGAUACCGCACAGAGCGGGACUUUCACGUUUUGUGUCAUAGGAGGUAUCACGUACGGAGAAAUAGCGGCUUGCAGACUCAUAGAAAAAGCGACGGGUAGUCGUUUUGUUUUUGCAUCGGACACGGUUUCCACCGGAAAUCAACUUCUAGAAGGCAUCAAGAAUGUUUAGUGUAUCUUAAAGUUUUUAAUAAAAACAAAUUUAAUACCGAA